AUGGCAUCUGGUGAUAAGGUCACAUUAACCAAUGCUUUAGAAAAUGUGGAUGUUUUGGAUGAACUUGUUUUGCCAGACCAGCAGCCCUGUAUUGAGGCUCUGUCUUUACCCAUCCAUUACCGAGCAAACCUAGAUACCAACUUUACAGACAAGUCUGCCUUUGUUACUGGCCAAGCUAAGUACAUUGAGCAGGCAACCAUUCAAGCAGAUCUGAACACUUUGUUAGAGGAAGGAGAGGAGUAUGCUGUGAUGUUAUUUACUUGGAGAUGUUGCUCCAGGGCAUUACCACAGGUGAAAAGCAAUGAGCAGCCAAAUCGCAGCCAGAUCUAUCAGAAAAUUGUAGAAGUGCUUGAACCACAUGUCAACAAACUAAUGCGCUUCAUGUUUUUCCAGAGAAAAGCCAUAGACAGUUUCUGUGCUGAGGUGAAGCGCUUGUGUCAUCGAGAAAAACGCAAUGACUUUGUGUCAGAGGCUUAUCUGCUGACACUGGGAAAAUUCAUUAACAUGUUCGCAGAACUGGAUGAGCUAAAGAACAUGAAGUCAAGUGUACGCAAUGACUAUUCUGCAUAUAGAAGGGCAGCUCAAUUUUUAAAGGUGAUGGCUGAUCAACAAGCCUUACAGGACUCACAGAAUUUGUCCAUGAAUUUAGCAGUGCAGAACAAGAUCCGUGACACACUCAAGGCCACACUUGUUGAGAUUCCUGGCUAUGAGGAGCUUCUUUCAGAUGUCAUCAACAUAUGUCUGCACAUGUAUGAAACCCGCAUGUACCUUGAGCCAUCAGAGAAGUACAUGUUGGUGAAGGUCAUGGCAUUUGGCAUGUUCUUGAUGGACACAAAAGAAGGGCCCAACAUUUACAAAAUGGAUGCCAAGAGACGCAUCAACAUAAGCAAAAUUGACAGAAUUCUUAAAAAUCUGGAGAUUGUUCCUUUGUAUGGAGAUAUGCAAAUUGCACCUUAUCAGUACAUUCGAAAUGGACCAAACUUUGACCCUUCAAAGUGGCCUGUUUGUGAAUCAAGUGCCCCCAGCCCACAAUCAAACCUUCUAGUAAAUCUUGAAGCAAUCCGUGAAGACCAUAUGCAGUACAUCAGCCAGCUUGCUCGACACAGCAACGAAGCAACCACCACCACUCGUGAGGUACCACGAAAUGAUGAAGAGAACAGAGAGCUGACAGAACUAGCUCUCCGAGGCUUGCAGCUUUUAUCAGCAUGGACACAGCAAGUGAUGGAGUUGUACUCUUGGAAACUGCUGAAUCCCACGGAUCCUCACAAGAACAAGGACUGUCCUCCAGAUGCAGAAGAGUAUGAGCGGGCUACACGUUACAACUACAGCAAGGAUGAGAAGUUUGCAUUGAUUGAAGUAAUUGCCAUGAUCAAAGGUCUGCAGCUGCUAAUGUCCCGUAUGGAGUCUGUGUUUAUGGAUGCAAUACGACGCCACAUCUAUGCACAGUUACAGGAUUUCGUGCAGCUUUUUCUUCGUGAGCCUUUGCGUAAAGCUAUCAAGAAAAAGAACGAUAUCAUCAAAGUUAUUGUCAUGUCUGUACGUGACACCUGUGUUGACUGGCUUCGGGGCACAGAACCUCCUGAUGAUCCAGCACAACGAGGCAAGAAGGAUACUGAUGAAGGUUUUUUCAUCAAAGUACCCAGGAGGAAUGUGGGGCCAUCAUCUACCCAGUUGUACAUGAUCCGAACCAUGCUGGAGUCACUGAUCGCUGAGCGCAGCGGAGGCAAAAAGACUCUCCGCAAAGAUAUUGACCCUCAGCAUCUCAUGACUAUUGAUGAAUUUCAUCGUCGAUCAUUCUUCUGGAACUAUCUUCUUAACUUUAAUGAGUCCCUUUUUAACUGCUGUGAUCUGUCUCAGCUGUGGUAUCGUGAGUUCUUUCUGGAAAUGACAAUGGGCAAACGCAUUCAGUUUCCCAUUGAGAUGUCCAUGCCCUGGGUUCUAACCGAUCAUAUACUGGAAACAAAGGAACCUUCCAUGAUGGAGUACAUUCUGUACCCUCUAGACCUCUAUAAUGACAGUGCCCAGUAUGCACUCAUGCGAUUCAAGAAGCAGUUUCUCUAUGAUGAAGUGGAGGCAGAGGUGAACCUUUGUUUUGAUCAGUUUGUGUACAAGUUGAGUGACCAGAUCUUUGCCUACUACAAACAUCUGGCAGGAAGCAUCCUCCUGGAUAAGAGAUUUCGUGCAGAAUGCAUGAAUGCUGGAGAGAAAAUUCAGUUCCCAAUAGCAAACCGUUACAAGACUUUACUGAAACAGCGCCAUGUCCAGUUGCUGGGUCGGUCCAUUGACCUUAGUUGCCUAAUUUCCCAACGUGUCAAUGCUGCACUGCAGAAGGCACUAGAUGUGGCCAUUUCACGCUUUGAGGUUGGAGACAUCACAGGUGUCAUGGAAUUGGAAGGACUGAUAGAGUGCAAUCGUCUUGCUCACAAGCUGCUGGGUCAGUAUCUUACCCUAAACGACUUUGAUGCCAUGCUGCGUGAAGCAAAUCACAAUGUCUCAGUACCUUAUGGUCGCAUCACUCUUCAUGUCUUCUGGGAACUGAACUAUGACCUUCUACCCAACUAUUGUUAUAAUGCUGCCACAAACAGGUUUGUGAAGACACAGCUUACUUUUGAAAAGGAGACCAAGCGGGACAAACCACCAAAUCCUUCUGCAUAUUAUGUCUGGGGAAGCAAACGACUGAACACAUCCUUCAGCACCAUAUACAGCCUGUAUUCAGGUUUUAUUGGUGCUCCACACUUCCGGGCAAUCUGCAGACUUCUAGGUUAUCAGGGUAUUGCUGUUGUCAUUGAAGAGCUUUUGAAGACAAUAGAAAGCUUUCUGAAAGGGACCACAUUAGAUUACAUGAAGACUUUAAUGAAAGUCAUGCCAGAGAUUUGCAAGCUUCAGCGAUAUGACUAUGGAUCACCAGGUGUACUGAUGUACUUUCAAGCUCAGCUUAAUGACUUGAUUCAGUAUCCUGACCUCAGAACAGAAGUUUUUCAGAGCUUCCGUGAAAUUGGCAAUGCCAUACUGUUCUGCUUAUUAGUUGAGCAGUCUCUGACUCAAGAAGAAGUUCUUGACCUGAAACAUGCAGCACCCUUUCAGAAUAUCAUUCCAAAACCAUUCAUCCCACCAAGAGAAGGCAGAGAUCCUCGUGAGCGAGAGCAAGAGGUCAAAGCUGUCAUGAAGCAGCUUGAGAAAAAAUAUGCAGCACUUCAGGUUGUCUCUGUUAUCAAGAAGUUGGGUAAUCAAACGCAAGCAGAUAUCGCUGCUGAGGGUGAUCUCUUGACGCGUGAAAGACUGUGCUGUGGUUUGUCCAUGUUUGAGAUUCUCCUGACACGCAUCAAAACUUUCCUUGAUGACCCAGUGUGGCAAGGCCAGCCCCCAGCUAAUGGUGUCAUGAAUGUAGACCGCUGUGCAGAGUUUCAUCGCCUUUGGAGUGCAAUUCAGUUUGUGUUUUGUAUCCCAGGGGGAGAACAUGAGUACACAAUAGAGGAGCUAUACGGAGAAGGCUUCAACUGGGCUGGCUGUGCCUUGAUUGUCUUGUUGAAUCAGCAGCGGCGCUUUGAAGCCUUAGAUUUUUGCUACCACAUUCUCAAGGUCAAUCGUGUGGAUAUGAAGGAUGAGGUGGUGAAAGGAAUUCCUCUGAAGAAAAUGGUGGAUCGCAUCCGCAAAUUUCAGAUUCUGAACAACCAGAUCUUCUCAGUUCUCAACAAGUACAUGAAGACCAGUGAUGCUGAAAGCCUACCUGUAGAGCAUGUCCGCUGCUUUCCUCCACCCAUUCACCAAUCACUGGCUACUAGCAUUUAGCCAUCAUAUGUCAGUAUUUCUUCUAGUCAGUUGCAAAUAUUUGUGAAACUGUUGGAAGAAUACCAGCAAUAUUUUCACAAAUCAACUUAUGGUUGCUUUUUACACUGCCAGCAAAUCAAUUUGAUUUUGCCUUUAGAAGGCCAUCCAAUCAUCAUGAGAUAUUUCGUGUCAUAUUUUCACCCAUUUAAAUUUAUAAUAUAAACCUUCACCAUUUUGUAAAUAUCUUCACAUGUUUAAUGUAGUCACCUUAGAAUAAAUUAACACUAGUCAUCUAGGCAGUGAACGAAUUUCAGAAUGUGUUCAGUAUUCAAGAAUAUUGUUGUGAUGAUGCUAACAGUUGAGUAGCUCCCAUAUUGAUCAGUGCUCCUGAUGUCUCACCUAUCACCAACCAAAAACCAAUGCUGCCUGUUAAAAUAUGAACUGCAGCAAUAGAUUCUCAAGCAUACAGAUUUGUGCCAAAAUCUUAUUUGACACAAACUACACGUGAGCUUAAAGUGAGGGAGGACUCUAAAAAAAAAAAUGGCAUGGACAAGGUUGUUUAUUCAUCAUAGUAAUUUAGAUGGGUCACACCCAUACUCAGCAUUGUGGAUGGGUGACAUUUUUCACCAAUUUUUUUUUUAAUAUAUUUUACUACUUUAGUCAUUGAGUUGUGAGCCUGUGAAACAAGUCUGCAGCUAUCAUCUUGCUGACUUUCUUUUCAGUGUUGGGUAAAUUGCCCUUCUAGGACAAUCAUUUAAGGACAGAUUAUGCAUGCUUUACAUUUUUAGAAUGAUAAGGUUGAUUCCUUCAGCAGAGUUUAUUUGCAGAAAUUGUAGAGUUUUUUUGCACCUUCCAGGGCUUAUUUCCUGUUGACAUAUUUCUGCCAAGGAAAAGUUAGGUAUAAGUAUUUGAGUGAAUAUACAUAAAAGGACUGGGAUAGUUUUGAAGGGUAGAUUUUCUUUUUUUCUUUUACUUAUCAUGGUGUUCUUGUUCCUAAUCCUCCCAAUUUGCUUUUUAUUAUUUUUUCUUUUUUUUCUGCUGGCUGUUUAAGACUUACAUUUACUUUUUGUGUUAAGAAUAUUUGUUAAUAUUUUAGUGUGCUAGAAUUGUAAUUUUUAGUUGUGAUUUAGCAUUUAAAACUAUUUUACUUGAUCUGCACUUGGUGAGAGGCAUUCUAGGUUAACAAAUGUAAAUAGAUUGAUAUAGCAUAGUGCUGUCAUAUCACAGUAGAGUUGAAUGUACUAGUGCACCAUUUUGCUAUUUUAAUCUGUCAAGGUUGUUUUCAGAAUGGCAUUUUAAAAAAAAUUGUAAUAGUCCUUAUUUACUUUAAACUAAGUUGUCUUUUUGAAUGUUUAGAAAACAACAGUGAAAUUUAUUUUUGGCAUGAAGACAAAAAACAGUGCAAUAAAUAUUUGUCAAACUUCUAACUCAUUCAAACAUCAGGUUGUGCACAUUGAUUGUUAUAUGUUGUCUUUGCAAUGACAAAAUGUCUUGAAUGAGUUAAGUUUGACACAGCUUUAAUUUAUAUGGCAUAAUCUCACCUCUAACAUAAGCCCUUUGAUUUAUAUGGCAUAAUCUGAAGUACUCACCUCUAACAUAAGCCUCAGAAAUUUAUGGUAUGACCUUCAGUACUGGCUUAUAAAUAACUUGUCUUCAGUAAUCAUCAUUUAGUACUAACAGUUAUUUGUAAAAACUUGUAAAAUCAUUUACAUUUUUCAUUAAUCCUGCUUUGGGGAUUUACUUUUGUAGUACAGAACAUAGACAUCUUAUUUGUGAUAUACCAGAGGCUUUAUUCAUAUCCUACAAACAAGCAUAGGUUUCAUCCACGAAAAACUGAUUUGAUAUGAAGUCUAUAAUUCAGUUUUCUGUGUAAGUAGGAAAAACAGUUUAUAACAUAAAACCACUGUUGUGGCUGCUACUACUGAACACAAUUGCCUAUUCCACUUUUACUUAAACUGCAAGCUUUAGCUGGACUAUUAAUCUUGCUGAAAAAACACCAUCAUUUUCAUUCAAUCCCAUGUGUUGAACUUGGAAUCAGGUGUACCGUGGGAAUUAUCCUUUUAAUCAACGGGUUACUUUCAUUUUUGGAUUAUACUAGCUCAUUUUUACCUUCUGAGUUUACCAUUUUGAUGGUCGGAUUUUCAAGACUUCACAUGCACACAAGCCAACAGAGAUUUUUGGAAGUUGAACCAAAAAAACAUAGGCUUAUGUCUGACUUCACACCACAUGAAAACAACUGGUGUAAGUUGGGUUCCUUAGGGGGCAGUUCAAUUAUUCCUGCUUUCAGGGUAUGAAUUGCCCUUAGUGUUUGUGCUUUCAUACUUUCCCAUAAAUUACUGUUUACACUGAUUUCUUUUUUUGAUUCAGUAGUUUUUCUGCUGAUGGAAUCUCAUAAGACUAUUGAAGAUAUUGUUAUAGAGUUCUUUGGAAUCUUCCUUCUACCUGAUCCAUUGCUUGUUAUUAUUAACAGUCUUAACUGGGUAUCUGAUCUGUUUUCAAUAAUCAGAUUCCUUGCUGUCCAUUUUUUAAGAUUUUAUUACCUUUUUUGUGUUUUGUAAAAAGAAAAAAGAAACCACUGUCUUACAGGUGAUGUGUUACUUUGUACAGCUUCUCAAAUGCUGCAGUCUUUAUUGAUUUCUAUUGUGCUAUAGCUGUGCUCUUCUCUAUGAAUGUCUUCUUUACUAGUAUUAUUAUUAAAACAAAAAUUACUUCAAUAACUAGAACUUUCAUUUUGGUCCUAGUCACUAUCAGUACACCGCAGGUGUUACAAGUAGUGUGGCAGUUCUGUUUCUUAUAUAUUUACUUUUAAAAAUUAUUUUUAUCCUACAGCUAGUGCUUCAUGCUUUUCAUUCUCAUGUAGGGUGUGUAUAUGAGCCUUACAGGUGCUUAUAAUUUUGUACAUUAGGAUGGGUAAAAUAAGGCCUUAAAACGCACAUGUCUAGUGAAUUGGUCCUUAUAAAUUAUAUUCAGAACCUUACUAAAAACAAAGAUAAGUACUUUUAGUGUAAAAUGUCUUAACAUUCUUUUUGUGCUCCGCAAUAAAAAAAAAAAAACAGUCAAAAAUAAUGCCAUCAGCAUCUAAGGGAGCUAAAUAUUGCUCUUUCUAGAGGCCAAACUUCCACUGUUAUUAAAGAAUGGGUUUGACUGGAGGAUUACUUGACACCAUGUCAGCGACAGAUCUUGGAUCUCAUCUUGGGACACUCUCUGUGACACCUGUUUGCAAGGCCGGCUGGAGGUGGGGGUGGGAGAGUUCUCUGAUUUCCUGCCCUGCCUCCGUCUCCCCUCAUAGCGCAAAAUCGCAUCUUUUCCACCAAACCAACCAAUCACCCAACAAGCUAGGUACUGACCAGAUUGAAAUUAAGGUAACUGCAUCGUAUGUGAUUCUCACUCCCUCCCUGAGUCAAAAAAUUCUUUCCUGCAUUAAGAAUGAAUUGGAAGUUUUCGCCAGGAGAAAAACAAAGAUUCUUAAGAUGGGCCUAGGAUGCAAAAUAAAAAUUCUGCAUAACAGGGGAAGGGGAUAGUGAACAAACAUGAACUGAAUUUGUUAAAGAGGAGGAGAGAGUUCAACAGUUCAAAUGAUGGUGGCAGUGCAAACUUCUAUAUGCAGCUCUGGUAUGUAUACCUUUCUAAGGGCACACACACAUAUAAAGUAAAAAUACUUUGAUCCUUUGUAGUCAUUUUGCAUCGAUGUGAUUCAUUUUCAAAUCAUAUUUUAUUAUUAAGUUGUAUUCUUAUAUACUUAAUUUCUUCAAUUUUCAUUACCUGUGUAUUAUUUAGCAUGUGGCCGAUUGGCUGAGUGUGUUUUGUGUAUCAUAGCAUGUUACCGGUAGCUACUGUUUUUAACAUUAUUGUUGGUCAGUGCAGAGUGCAACCUGCUUUAGUUGUGAUGUUGCAUGAUCAAAGUAAUCUGUUGUUAUUAUUAUACAUACAUGUACAUCCACACAGAAUAGACAGAUGGGGGAGAGGGACUCACAUUGAAACUGGCUACGUCAGGUAAAGACAGAAUGCGACUGGAUGAAUUAAGCACUAAAUGGACAUACUAUCAAAUGGGUUUUGAUGCAGUUGGAUAAGGUUAUCACAGCUUCUUUGAUAUAUAAGAAAAGAACCUUGUAAUGCCAGACAAUCAUUGCAAUUGUAUAAUUACCUAAAAAAAAAAAAACACCAGGGCUUCUGCUAAGGCCCCUUCUUCAGAUUUUUAAGGGGUCCCUGUUCUUCGCCCAAAUUUGAAGGGGACCCCAUUGACGAAAAUUGAAGGGGUCCUCCGAACUUUUAAUGCCUACUGUACGCAAUUUUUUUGCGUAAUCAGAAGCCCUGAGACACUGUCCAAGGCACAGAUUGGUAAUUCAGUUAUACAUGAUGCUUCUUAUAAAACUAGACAGCUUGUUUAAAUAUCAAAAUUAUAUAUGUAUGCUUUAAAUAUCCACCAUCUGCUACUGUUGUUUGCAUUCUUAGUUGAUAGUGUAUUCAUUAUAGACAUACUGGUAUGAUGCUUUUUUCUGUAAAGUUUAACUUGUUUUUGAGUAAAUCUCAGAAAAAAAUAUUCAUUUUGGUAAAGUAGGUCACCUGUUGAAAUUUAUGUUUAUUUGCUUUAAAAUUGAUCAAGCAGUUAAAAAUGGGGAAGUGAAUCAUAAAAGGUGGGAGGCAGCCUUCCUUCUUCACAUAAGAAAAUCAUAUCUGAUAUUCCCAUUCUAUUGACAUAGUACUGGUUGAAACCGCUCUAUUUCAGUGGUUUGACUGUUGAUAAAAAAAAAAAAACCAAAAACAUUCAUAGUGCAUUCAUUUUAUCCCGGAACUCAAAUAAAAAAAAAUAGACUUGUUUAAA